ACAGGUAGUGUGGGAGCUGCAAUAAUAACAGGAGUGGGUAAGGCUGUUGCAAUAGUACUGCAACCGCGUCUGUCUGCUCUGCUGAAAUAGCUGCAUUGCAACUUCACAGUCAUUAUCCUCUGGGAACAGUGAGAAGCAAGGAUGUCUGCAGAGCCUGCCCCAGUGCCAGCCCCAGCCCAGGACAAGAAGCCUUGCCCUAAGAGCUCCUUUAUGCACUGCCCCGUGUCAAAUGCCCACAGGGAAGACUUUGCUAAGGUGAUGAAGGAAUGCAAAGAGGAAAGUUUCUGGUACCGAGCUCUUCCUAUAUCGCUUGGAAGCAUGCUUGUCACUCAGGGACUGAUUUAUAAAGGCUAUCUCUCCCGAAACAAAAGGUUUGGAUCCCUACCGAAAGUAGCAUUGGCUGGCGUACUGGGGUAUAUGGUUGGAAAAAUCUCCUAUGCAAGAAAUUUCCAGAAGAAGUUUGAAGAAGCUGGAAUGCAGCCCUUGUUCGAUGCUGGGUUUGUUCCUCCAUUUGUUAAGAACAAAGGCUGCCAACAUACCUGUGAGGAAUGCAAAACCAAAUCUGCUAUGGAUCAGGGUCAAAAUACCCAGACCCCUGCCCCUGGAACCUCUUGAAGUCUCGCAUGGAAGAAGCGCUCCUCAGAUUGGAAAAGAAGAAAGAGAAAUGUAUUUUUGUUAUAAGCUGUUUAUACUUUUAGCAUUUUUUUCUGUGAUGUUUGAAUUUUUUUAAAGACCACAAUGAAUUAAAAUUUAUACAAAAAAGCA